AGCGUUGCCUGUCGGUUGUGAGCAGACUGUCCAAUGCAAAUGCCGCCGCGAUGAGUUCGCGGUUAGUGCUCUGUCUUGGAGAUCUCUUCAUACCAGACAGAGCUCCUGAUAUUCCCGCCAAGUUUAAGAAACUUCUCACCCCAGGCAAGAUCGGCCAGAUACUCUGCCUAGGCAAUCUCACCGACCGCAAGACGCACGAAUUCCUCCGCAAUCUCGCUCCAGAGCUACACCUCGUCAAGGGCGACUUUGACUGUGAUCCGCAGUCUGCCUCUCUUGCUCUUUCCAAGGUUGUCACUCAUGGCCCUUUGCGCGUAGGCUUCACGCAUGGCCAUACAAUAAUACCUCCCGGAGAUGGCGAUGCUUUGUUGAUAGCCGCCAGGCAGAUGGAUGUCGAUAUCUUGCUGUGGGGCGGUAGCCAUAGAUUCGAGGCGUACGAGAUGGAGGGCAAGUUUUUUGUGAGCCCAGGAAGUGCGACAGGCGCUAUGGGGACGGGAUGGUGGGCCGAAGGGGAAGAGCCGAUACCGAGUUUUGUGCUUAUGGACUUCCAAGGUGACGUCGUGGUCUUUUACGUAUAUCAGCUGAAGAAGGAUGACAAUGGCGUGGAAAAUGUCAGUGUCGAAAAGGUUUCAUUCCGCAAAGGCGGUAAUGGACAAUAGUUCCAUGUAAGGAUAACAACAGUUUGCUUUUGACUCUUCGCUUCCAAACAUUCUUUACAUGUUUCGUGACUGCUGUCAAAAUCUCAGUCUCGACGUAACUCUGCAUCCUCACGUAGAAGUCCCGGAAGUCAAAGAAACGGCAAAGUUACAAGCGGACGGGGCCACAUCGAGCAGAGCCAAGCUUACUCUCCGUCCCGUUCUGACUAAUAUACAGGACAGCUUGAUUGGAAAAACACAUGGAUGGCUGGCAGCGCUUUCGGAAACUUAUGUUGAAACAGGAAAAAAGCUCAAGCAAAGCGGAGAGCGUCGAGCUGAAUUUGUAUUGAUUUUAGUUAUAGAUACUACUGAUGCAGUUUGUUCGAAACUCAAAUUGGCGCC